AUGGAACUUCACGGGAUAAGGUUGUUUUUGGUAUUAAUUUUGCAAGAAAUCCAUUCGUUGACAGUAUCAACAGCUACCGAAAAUGUAACUGUGGAAAUUGCAAUAUUUUAUAAUUCCUCAAGUCGCUACAUGAACAGUAUUCUUCAAAAUGCAAAUGAUCUGUUUCUUGCCAGUCGUCAAGAGCUUAAAAGAACACCGCAGAAGACUUCUAACGUGGAAAUUAAUAUCCAGUGGCUGGAUGAGACCGAAGUAGCCGGCAGCUACGCAAGUUACAAUAAUUCGUUCCUCGACAGGUGGAGUAAUUCAUUGCAAGUUCAAGGUGCAAUUUUUGUGGAUAUUAACAGCAAGUCUUUGUUCCUCUCUUCUCUCUUGGAGUCAUCGGCCAUCCCAACAGUUGGCAUCUUUCAAACCAGGGAACAGCCGAGAACUCAGGUAUAAUGUAAUAAAAUUACAGUUAAUAGUAUAUACUCAUGACAUUUGUUUCCGUAACUUUGUAAAAGUGCGAGGCAAACUCGAACGUCAGCCUUUUAAUGCCGUAAAGGACAAGGAUUUUAUAUAACAAUCUUUACUCUAUGUUGCCUCUCUCGACGUAUUGGCGGUGUUCGAUUGACGAUUUCGAACAAGUUAUCGGUAAUCGACAACUGAAUUAACAAAGUAUAUAUGCUUGUUUGAUAUGAGAAUGUGAAGAUUAGCAAGGAAAUGUCGAUGAUUUUAGGGAGUUUAACUUACAACAGCCUACUUUCGCUAAGAAUUUUAUUUUCCACGAGGAAUGUUGAAGAAUUAAAGAUGAUUGAUCCAUCAGCAAUAGCUAUUAAAGAAAACUCUAGGAUGCAUUCCAGUCGACGAUAUGCCGUCGAGCUAUUAAGUUCAAAAUAUUAUCCAAAGAUAAUUAAUUUCUCUCGUGGAUGAAUUUUUACAAUCAAAACAAGAAUACAAAAAUUAAACCAGAACAAAAGGAUGCUAAAUUGAAUAGCCCCGAGAAAAUCUUUAGAGACUGAUCUUGAAAAAACGAUUUUCGGACAAGCUCAAUCAGGUUGAAUCUUCUCAUUAUUAUUGUGUUUACUGUUGUCUUGAUUCUAGUGCACCUGUUUAAUGCGUGGUCUGUACUCGUUUAACAGAACAAGGAAUGUAAUGAUCAUAAUAUAAAUGCAUUUAUGAUUACGUUCUUUAUUUAUCCAACAAAAAGGGUCAGUCGUUUUAAACUGAAUGUGUUUGAAAGCCAAAAAUUGCAUGACAUUUUACGUAUAUGAGUCAGCACAGGCGGCCCAAACUCUGUGGGAGUUCGUUGGACUUGAGUCAGUUUCAGCCGGUACAAGCUAAAAACAAACUUCAUAUCAAACCGAAGCCUUAAUUUUGAUAGCUGGUAUGUUAGAAGGUUAAAUAUUCCCCCCAAAUGAAAAGUAUUUGAAGAUGCGUUCGUAACAACACAAAAACUAAGUUAUUGCGAAAAUUUUUGUUUUUAUACCAUUUUGAAAAGAUCAACAAAUGUUGAAUAGCUGCGAUGAAUUACAAUGUGGUGCUAGAGGUGUGCUAUAUAUUGUUGCUACACCUCUAGUUUGAAGUGGUUGUCCCGAAUUUUCUCAGGUUAACAAACGAAAGAAAAAAUUGCCCGUUUUUUUUUUUUUUUUUGGGGGUCGGGAAUACAUGUAUUUUCCCUAUUUUUUCUUCACGAUAACUUUAUUGAUCUAAAAUUUUGAACUCCAAUUUGUUUAUAUCGGAUAACUCUAAAAAAACUAACAUUGCAAUUUUUGUUACACAUUUUCCGGUACCAAGGGUGUCUGAAUUUCAAUAUUCUUUGUCAGUUCUGACUUGCAGGGAUUUUUCUUCAGUUCAAGGUUAUCUAUUUUCCUUAACUCCAUCCACCAAACAAACAAACAAACAAAAAUACACUCGUCAAACUUCAUUGUAAUGAUUAAUCUAAAUCGGAACUACUGUUCUUAAAGGUUUUGUCAGAAGCUUUAACGCCUAUAUCAAGGGCCUCAUCACUGGGAUCUGACUGCAAUGAAGCCUCUAGCAAAAUUAAGGACAAAAAGCUUAUUAAAUAGCAGGACUGCGUGGGCUCUUCUGAUCUUACGCCCUGUUAAAAAGUCUCCUUAUGAACUAGGUAGAUUAAUUAUGAUUCAAAAAACGGUUUUUAGAUUAACGUUUCAAGGUGCGAAAGUGAUGUUAAUCGAUUUUACUGUUCCUGGUCAACAGGUGUAGGGUUUGAUAAAAAAAGAACCAAACGUUUUGUCAUAUAAUUAAAACUUUUAACUCUUCAGGUAUUGUCUAUUCAAUGUAUAUGUGUAUUUGGUACAUGAGAUAAUGCCUGAGGUCCGAACCUUUCUUAAAAAUAUUCAGACGGAGCGUGUAGCGCGAGGUUAUUAUUUUUCUAAGGCCUAGUCGUCACAAAUUCGGAUAUUUUUUAACAAAAAAGACAAAGAAAACGGCGAUUUUUCCCUUCUUUUUCAAAAAAGUACGCAUCCACACGUAGCGUAUUUAAAUCAUUUGCCCCUCCACACAAAAACGCAUAAACGACGCAAAAAGAGUAGCGUCCCUUACAGCGUGCCCUUUACGAUGUGUAAUAUCAUCGUAUUCCGUUUUCGUUUGUCCACACAAAAACUACAAUCCGGUUAAAACGGAGUAAAAGAUCUGCGUUAUUAAAAAUAUACAGAUACGCGUGGACGAGGCAAGAAAGCCGAGGAGCGAGGGCAUUAUCUCACUUUAUUAUGCACCUCAGUUUCCAUAUUGUUUUGGAACCUGCGUGUCAAUACUGUAUCAAUUUAAGAAAAGGACCUCCUGUUCUACUUCAGUGACCUUUUAUUCUGUUACUGAGAAUAAUUUAUUGAUCAAGAUGGGGCAUUUAUUUAAGGCAAUGGCGAAUUUGGUGACAUUUCGCCAAACAUUUUGAUGAUAGAGCGCAUAUGAAGAAAAUCAACUUUCAGAUGCAAAUAAACUGGCCAGAGGUUAGGCCAGAGGGCCUUACAAAAGUCAGUGGCCAAUAUGGCGAAAUUUGUCGUGUAUAUGUCGAAUUAUUUGACUAAAAUGACAAAGUCUUUGGUGCAAAUCAAAGGAACAAUUCAACGGUGUUGAUGAGACGGGCCCUACAAGAGUGGUGAAUAGUGUGGAUUUUGGGCAAAAAUGCCCAUUAAAGUUAAACUAAACAUUUGACGUAUUUUUGAAAAGUGGCGAAUUUGGAAAAAAUGAAAAAUGGGAAUGAAAUUUCCUCAAUUUCUCCCCCAGCUUCGCCAAAAUAGCCAACUACUGACAUUUUAUAACCGGACUAGGUUUUUUCCGCAAUCACGCACGCAUUCUUCACCGUCACCUAUAAUUUUUUUUCUUUUCAGGAAAGUUCGGCCUAUUUCAGUCGGGUGGCCUUGCCAUCAAUGAAACAUUAUACACAAGUAAUCUGGGACGUCAUGAAAAAGACAGGACGGCGCAGUCUAAGCUUAGUGUUAACUGCUGACGCAGACGGCAAAGAACUUGAGGAUUCGAUGACUGAAAUAGUUCAGCGCGAGAAAUGGACUAUCAAAGAUACGCUUUGGCUUGUCCAAAACAAACAUGUAGGCCUACAAGUUAAAUUGGAGUCCCUUAUUUCAAAGCAGGCUGACGUCGUUGUUGUACAUAGCAGAGAUACAGAAAAUGAUCUUUUAUUUCAAGUGAUACAGUCUUUUAACAUUAGUAAGGGGGGAAGUCUCUGGAUUGUGACCGAUGUAACAGAGUAUGGAGUACAAGACAUCAAUGAGAUUCCAGUUGGUUCUCUUAGAAUAAGCUCUAAACGAUGCGAACCACAUCUGGAUUUUAGUCUUUACUCAAAAGCUAUCAAUGAUGCCCUCUUUCUUUAUCAAGUCGCCUACGAAAAGGCUUUUGGACGAGCCAGACGUUUUGAAAGUGAUUGUCUGCUUGGAGAAAGCUGUGGAAGACCAGAGAUUCAAGAUUUAGCAAAUUUGUAAGUGUCCAUUGUUAAUUUAUUAUUCUGCUAAUUAUCGUAAGGUGCUUAAGGAUUCGAAACAAGGAAUCUAACUAGUUCUUCAGGCAAAUAAUAGCUGGCUUUGAGAUGUUUGGAAUAAUUAAUAUGUUCUUGGAACGAAAGUGUUUCUGGGUAAUGGAAGUAGACAAUUCAGGGUGUCUGUGGGGAUUUGCUUUCUAGAAUAGUCGGUACAAGCCAUUUGUCAGAAACGUGUUCCCCCCCACUGAAGGUGUGAAUUUCGCCCUUAGGCCACACCUAAUAUCCUGUCCACCCCUUUAUUUUAUCCACCCCCCCCCCUCCCCCACUGAAGGGCUGAAUUUUGCCCUAUGACCACACACCCAAACUGGCUAGUUAAGUCUGGAGAUACGUCUGCUGGCAAACUUCCCAGUAAAUCAGGUUGCAGGUUGUAGGUGCACCUUGCUGGCUGGGAACUCUUCCAUCAGUCUUGCUAGGAGUGAGGAACAGAUAAAUUUUUCCCAGCAGUUUCCCAAAAUGCUUAUAAAUGGCUUCGGGAAGCUUGAUUCAUGCUUUUUGUUGUUUUUAGGUCUCUUUCUCGAAAUGUCCCAUUGGGUGCCCCUAAAAAAAUAUGACAAACUUUAGUUUUUAAAAAGAGGGUAAUUUUUUUUUCUGGCACAAAGGCGUAUUGUUUCAGGGCUACAAUCUAUCGUUUCUGUUGUUUGUUCACCCGAUCUGUUAGCUAUUCCGAGGGCUCCCAUGCAUCUCUUUCAGGUCUCCUUUGACCGCUGUUUAUUCUCGCGGAUGGUUUGUCCCCCUUCUAUACCUUCAGUUUCAGUUUAUUUAUUUACCAGAAAAAAAAAAAAGCAUAAAAAUCAACAGGUAUUAUUUAAAAGUGGUGAGUCAGCUAAGGUUCUAUGUCAUGUCCCCUGAAGUUAUUGCCUUUUGGGAAUGUCCUCCUUAAUCAAGCCCUCAAUAUCUGGCGUUGCUGUCUCAUUAUCUGGGCUAUAAUGGAAACUUUCCAAGGUGUUCCUGUUCAUUGUGUGGCCUUUCUGAGUUAUUUGAGCUGCGAUGGCAUUAACAAAAAAAGACCAUGAAGUGUAUGGAACAAUGUAAAGAAACUCCUACAAUUUUUUUUUAUUUUUAACCGAUCUUACGGGCAGUAAGUUAAACUGUUUACAGGGCAGCGAAUUUUUAGAAGUGUAAGACGUCUUGCUAACCGUUUCUUUUCCUGUUUUAUGGCAAACAAGAUAUCUCAAGGAGUCUUUCGUUGAAGGUAAGAGCUCGUUAUUUGCGAAACCUUCCCUAUACGAGACUUCUCAGACAACAUUUAAAGUAUGGAAUCUACGAAAGAGUGGGAUCAAUGCCAAUAAAUGGGUUCUUGUGGGACAAAGGACACCGACGGGACUUGCUUUGGAAAAUCUUAUGGCCCCUAACGGAAGCACACUGACAGUCUCCUCUGUCCCAGAACCCUACGUUAUGCGAGUCCCUGUUAAUUUGUACUCUCCCUGGGUUCAAGUAGAAGACCCUCGAUUCGAUGGCAAUGGGAUGUUGUAUUGCAUUGGAAGAGGACAGCUUUGCUACAGGUUUAAAAAUUCAAGCCGCAUCAUCGAAAAAACGUUUUGUUGUUAUGGUGCCUCCAUCGAUUUACUUGUAAUGAUCCAGAGUGAGCUUGGAUUUCGCAGCGAGAUUUACUUUACUCCAGAUGGCAAUUAUGGUGACUUUGACGUGGAAACAAAAAAGUGGAACGGAAUAGUCCAGGAAGUGAUUUCUGGGAGGGCGGAUUUCGCGAUUGAUUUAUCGAUGAAUGAACUCAGAGAAAACUAUCUUGACUUCGCUCAUCCCUUCGUUCAUUUGGCUUUAAAUAUUUUGGUCUUAAAGGAUGACCAGAUUAGUUACGGUAAGACAUAACUGUCUUUUUUAGGGCGCUUUCCAUUUGUCAAACCUGGGCGGCCAGACUGAUGCGGUUGUUAAGAGAAUUUCACUUUUAAUGAGUACUAUUCAGCCAGACCAGUUUGUGCAUGCAUGACAUGCACUGAAAUGAUAGGUUUAAGAGAAAAUCUUGAGAAAAAGACUACUCUUUCAUUUUGAAAAUGACCGGUUCUGUUGGCUAGUUCUGGCAUUUGAAAAGCGCCCUUUGAUACAAUAAUAAAUAGACUUCUGUGCAUAAUUAUAUUUAUGCUUUGGAGAAAAAUUUGGUUUUUGCUUUAUUGCUUCCAAAAGGUAGUAUGCAACUUCAUUCGAAUAUCUUUACUGCAUUCAUUUUAGGCAUCCCACUGAUGAACGGUUACUACUAACAGUUAAAAGAUAUUUGCAGUAGUAACAAUCGACUAUAGACUGUCCGUUUUUAAUUAACAGUAUCCGCCCAAAUUGAAGAACUCGAUAUUGUCUGAUAGUAGCGACGUAAGCAACGUAUAUGGUAACCUAUCUAAGGGCGAAAGAAAUAGGCAGAAUGGCCAAACCCAUAAUCUGAUGUUUUUUACUUCAAUAGAUUUGCAGUUAGGCUAUUGGCUUCAUUUAACCUAAAAUGUGAUAAUGUAACAUCGACUAGGAAUAAAGGGAAUUGGCUCAAGCUACACGUACUCUUUUCCUCUGUGUUUCAGUACAAGUCUUGAUUAGCUGGCAUAGCUUUUGAUAUGUUACCCAUGAAAGGCUGGCUAAUCCCGAUUUACUUGCUUAACCCUUUAUAACUGAUAUUAAGAGCGUGCUUUUUGUUGGGCAGAAAUCCAGUGGAGCUCUUGGCUGGAACCGUUUCAAUAUCAACUGUGGUUUUCCAUCGUUGGAUUCAUCAAUUUUAUUUUAUUGGUAAUCUGGUGGAUCGACUGGAAAAGUCCUUACGGACACUUCAGAAAGCUGAAUGGUGGAGAUGAAGGCUUUACGCUGUUAGGUAAUUGAUACUAGUUGGUGUAGUCAGACGAAAUCUCAGACUAAUUUUGCAUCAAAUUAUCUUUGUCUCAUUUGUUAGUGUGUAUGUCUUUCACUCAAAUUAGAGGUCAUAUCUUUUCGCUUAUGUCCAGAAAGGCAAGAAAACUUCGGAACUUAGGAACGUCAUAUUACACCAAACUAUUUCCAACUUCCACAUGACCCCAUUUAGACGCAAUUGCUUGCGUUUAAGUGAGAAUUGGGCGUAGGGGGCACUUCCUGAUGUCUAUCAGAAGACGCGUGAAUCUCAUUAACUUGCAAUCCUAGAAAUAUCUGUAGUUUUUACGGGUUUCAAAAAGAGACUACCGUGUAUCGUAAUGAAAGAAAAAGAGCAGCGAAGAAAUGUUAAUCAGUCUUACCACUAGAAAGCCGAUAUUUACUUGUCAUGUGUAAGCUGCGUUUUACCCACACUUCGAUGGACUUCAAAAGAUUCAAACAUUUACCUUACUCAUAAAUUGAUGGGCAAAUGGACUUAUGGAUAGAUCGUCCAUCCUAUGUUAGGAAUUCAUGGGUUCUUUCUUUGUCGCUUAUUACAUAUCUUUAUUCAAAAUUAUUAUGAUUCCAAGAUCGUGUAAAAUCGCAAGAAUCCUUCAAGUGUUUUUAGAUUGCCAAUGAAAAUUCAAUUUUUUUUCAGAUUCCUAAGCAAGCCAGUCUUUUUCUAUUCCAGAUUCUAUGACUUAUGUCUGGGGAGUUGCAUUUGGCAAGGACAUCGGAGCUGAGAAGACACCUCAUAGCAGCAGUGGGCGAUGUGUCUCCACGUUUUAUGCUUUCUUCGCUCUGAUCGUCGCCAAUACGUACUGUGCAAACUUGAUGGCGUUUCUUGUUCAAGAAACCUUCGAGCUGCCUAUAAGUGGAAUAAGGGACUCAAAGGUCACUGAAUUAAACGUUGUAGUAGUGAUAUGAAUGAUACUCUCAAUAUUCCAGCCUCGAUAAACUCUGUACUACGGGGUUAGUCUCCAUCUGUCUAUAUUCACCAGUUCUAGCCAAAAGACAACCUAUAUUAAUAACUCUGUACAUUAUUAAAAUUUUAAAUGCUAGCAUCUUUCCACCAGCACAAUAUGUGAAUAUUUUACUUCAGAUGGAGACUACCCCUGUAGAAACUUGUCCGUAGUGUUUGAACCGUACAUAAUUUCAGAUAAAGGAGUGUGAAACCGACUCGUGGAUAGCAUAAGUAGAUUCCAAUUAAUUCAACUCGUAAACGUCUUAUAAAAGCCAGCACGUAAACACUUUGCUCUUAUUUUCUUAGAAGAAUUCAUUAAGCUGCAUCAGUACGACUACUGUUCGUUAAUUUUUACUCUGCCCGUUAGAAAUGAAUGACGAUGCAUCCCAAGCAGAAUUAUUCUCACAUAAGAGCACUUGAAGGCAGUGUAGCGCGAGCAAAGUAACUCUUGAACACCAAUUUUUUUUAGUUUAUACUAAAAUAGGAUCUUUUCCGGUUUCCAUGCAGACAAAAGAGGCAAAACUAUCCACAACGUUAAAAGCAAUAAUAAUUUAUUAAUUUUCUAUAGUGCCUCUUAACGUUGUUGCUAAUUUGACAACUAAACUUGCUUUUCUUUUUGGUCCUAUCUUUUUGUUUUUGGAACUAACACAAGACACAUUUUCGAAACAAAGAGCCACUUAUAGCGGCUGUAAAUAACCCUUGUUAUUUUUGAGACCUACCCUGGCAUAUCUCAUACUUAAGGUAUGAAAAAUAUUGUCUUCUACUUUUGCCCUUUAUGUUUUGAUAUCUUUUGCAGAUCCGACAUCCUUCCCUUCAGCCACCAAAGGGAUUUAAAAUUGGAAUACUGCAAGAUUCACAGGAGGAAUCUUACUUUCAAUUCCAUAGCGAAGAUAUAUUCCGUGAAAUCUACCACCUGAAUUUAAAAGUAAAUUUGGUCAAGAGUUUUGCAGACGGAAUACAGAAACUGAAAAAUAGGUUAGCAACUCUUUUCUCAUAUUAUGCUCUUUCAUACUGUAACUUGUCGAGCUUACUUACAAAGUGCUGUUUUAUCUAUUAAUGCAUUACAAUUUUAUUUACGAGGACCCGUUUUUCUUGCUGAGGUCUACUCUUACUAUUAUGCAGGGAAAUUCAUGGCCUUGUUGGGGAUUAUCUCUCGCUCAGUCAAGUUGCAAACAAGGACCUCAAUUGCUCCUUUAGUCUGGCGGGGCCAAACUUCUUCAACUUUGGACUGGGACUGGCAAUGCGUAAAGCAUCACCAUGGUUACAGGAUGUCAAUCAGGCUGUACUAAAGCAUCAGGAAAAUGGAACCAUAGAAGCUAUAGAAAAACGCUGGUUUAACAAAAAGAGUUGCGAUUUGAAUCCUUUUUCUGAGCUUGGCAUCAUGAACUUCAGCGGUCUGUUUAUGACGGUUGUUAUUGUGUCGAGUUUUUGCGUGUUUGCCAUUUUGGUAGAAUUUCUAUUAAUUUUGAUGUUUAUGAAAGUGGGAAAUCGACUGGGAAAGUUUGGGAAAUUCGUCAAACGGUUUGUUUUCAACUUGAAAAAGGGGGAAGAAGAUGAAGUUAAUAUAAAGUACUGGUUUGUCUUUAGUCAACGAAAUCAAACCAGGGAUGUUUCGGCCAGUAAGGAAACUUCAGAAAAAACGUUUCAAGAGCUUGGUUACCUUAACGAUGCAUAUGUUACUCCAGGGGAAACAAGUCUCCAUAGUGCAUUAUUUAACACACAAACUGAACAACGAUUCCAUGACGACGAAUAUUUUGCGUCUACUAAACAAUCGAUGAAAGGAAAGAAAUUAAGACAAAAAGAAACUGGUAAUCAUACGACGAACAAAAACCACGAAAUGUCAAACGGAAAGGCGACGUAUGAAACCUGCAAGUACGCGGAUGCUUCUGACAGUAGCAAGACUAAAAGUUUGAAGCAAAAUGGGUUUGUUGUGACAAAGCUAUAA